AUGUCGGCGAAGGAUACAGACCAAUUACAAGGUCCGAGUACAGCACUAGUACAGGUCGCAGAUUCAAAGAAGAUUCCAACCUUGAGACCAAAGACACGAGAUGUCUGCCAGAAAAAGAAGACCGAGCAUCGAUUCACACCAAAAACUGCUAAAAAUAAUACAUUGCGUGAUACACAUUACAAUAAAAAUAUUCAUUGUUACAGAUGCGGUAAAGGACAUUUAGCUUCACAGUGCACAUUAAGUCGCGAAAUUAAAUGCAGAGCUUGCGGAAAUAAAGGGCAUCUCCAAUCAGUGUGUUUCAAAAAUAAAAGUCAAACCCAUCAAUUAGAGGAAAUCCUCAGUACAACAUGGCAGGAUAAGGUUAUGAUCUCACAGUUGGAACAAGGUGAACAAAGAGAUAAAUUCGUUACGCGACUACAGUUAGAGGUUAGGGAGGAAGAUCAAGAGUAUCUUACGUUAAACACUCAUCGAGGAUUAUAUAGACCUACGAGACUGAUGUACGGAAUAGCCUCUGCACCGGCGAUCUGGCAACGAGAAAUUGAGAACAUUUUAAAAGAUAUUCCAGGAGUUACAGUCUUUUUGGAUGAUAUUAAAGUGACAGGUACAAAUGAUGCGGAACAUUUACACAGAUUAGAACUAGUUUUUCAACGAUUGCAUGAGUAUAAUAUAAAAGUCAAUCUAAAGAAAAGUGAAUUUUUUGUGGAUAAAAUAGAAUAUUGCGGAUACAUAGUAGACCGGCAGGGAAUACACAAAGAUAAAAAGAAAAUAGAAGCAAUAGAACUUAUGCCAAUUCCAAAAAACGUGACCGAAGUCGGAGCAUUUAUAGGCAAUGCAGAUUGUCUGUCUCGAUUACCAAUCGCAAAACUAGAAAGAUACGAGUACGAUGUAGUCGAUGCAUUUCAAAUCAAUACGAUUCAAUCCCUACCAGUUACAUUUACAGAAUUAGUUACAGCUACUAAACAAGAUACACAUUUACGCAAAAUACUAGAAGCAUUACAAAGCAGUAAAAAAAUUGAUAAAGAAAGUAAAACAUGCAAUAAUGAACUAGAGUACAGCUUACAACAAGGGGUAAUUUUAUGCGGACACCGAGUAAUAAUACCUAAAGUAUUACAAAAGAGAAUAUUACAAGAAUUACACAGUGUGCAUUUCGGUACCGCAAAAAUGAAAAUGUUAGCCCGCGGUCAUGUUUGGUGGUCCGGCAUAGACACCGAUAUAGAGCAAAUUACAAGAAACUGCGCGGAAUGUAAUGCAAAUAAAAACAACCCUCCAAAGAUUAAACAUAUAUGGGAACCAGCAACUUUUCCAUUUGAGCGUAUACAUAUUGAUUUUGCGGGCCCCUUUAAGGGCCAUAAUUUCUUAAUACUAGUCGAUGCUUACACCAAGUGGCCUGAAGUACAUAUUGUAAAUAACAUCACUACCGAAACUACAAUAAAAAAAUGUUGGGAGAUUUUUUCAAGGUUUGGGCUCCCAGUGCAACUGGUAUCAGACAAUGGCCGUACUUUCGUAUCAACAGAAUUCCAAAAAUUUUUACAACAAAACGGCAUUAAACAUAAAUUGACUGCACCAUACAACCCAGCUACAAAUGGGCAAGCUGAACGUUUUAUACAAACCUUGAAGAAGUCUCUCCGAAGCAUCGACACACAAAAACUAGAUCUAAACAUAGCAUUACAGCGCAUUCUUAUGCAAUAUCGUAUCACACCUCAUUGUACAACAGAAAUUUUACCCGCGGAACUUAUGUUCAAUAGAAAAGUAAGAUAUUCAUUAGAUAUAAUGAAACCUACAAGUGAAAUCACAUCACAAAGAGAUCAAAAUGAGAAGUACAGACAAUUUAAUGAGGGAGAGAGAGUGAGUCGCCGAAACUAUCGUUUAGGAGAUAAAUGGAUUUUCGGUAGAAUAAAGAAGCAUUUAGGGAAAUUACACUAUUUAAUACAAAUGGAUGAUGAUCGAAUUUGGAAACGUCACGUCAACCAAAUACGACUGAUUGAAGAACACACCCCAACACGCAUUAGUUGUAAUGACGAAAAUGAUAAAUACGCGAAUUAUAAUUCAGAAGAACAGUAUAGAGAGGUACUGGAAAGACAGCAGGAAAUAGAGAGACCCGUUAACUCACCGCAACUACGUAGAUCUCAAAGAUCAAGAGCACCUCCACAGAGAUACGGAGAUUACCAUACAUACUAA